AUGUCCACCACACAAACACGUCCAUCCUCAAAUGUACAGCCUAAAUUGGUUAAAAAAGAAGGUUCCAAAGAAACAGAAGCUUGGUGGGCAAAUGGCGCUUUCGUCAUCCUCGUCCAUUUGAUAUCUGCAAUUUCACUUCUUACUUAUGUACCAACUAUGAAGACGAUAUGGUUAUGGAGUCAUAGAACAUUUACUGCUCGUCUACCAUUUCGCGCUGCUCUUGCAAUGAUGGGUACACUUGCCUUCCAAGGUUCAAUAAAAUGGUGGGUUCUUAGACACAGAUUACAUCACAGAUUCACCGAUACAGAACACGAUCCUUAUUCUGCUGCUAAAGGUUUCUGGUUUUCCCACAUGGGUUGGAUUUUUAGAAAACCAUAUUAUCCACGAUUAAAACUCGUUGAUGCCACGGACCUGAAUGCCGAUCCACUCGUCGUAUUCCAGCAUAAACAUUAUGUAAUUUUGGCUUUAUCCAGUGGUUUACUCCUUCCUACCUGUAUCGCUGCUACUUGGGGUGACGCUCUCGGUGGUUUCCUGUACGGUGGUCUUUUCUGUCGUAUUUUGGUUUGGCAUGCUACCUUCUGUAUAAAUAGUUUUGCUCAUUGGGCUGGUGAUCAACUUUAUUCUAAUGAAAUAUCGGCACGUGGCAAUUUAUUGCUUGCUAUAAUGACUAAUG